CACAAGAUCAGCCCCAGCAGCCGCUGCCUGAUCACUAGGUCGCUUUUGGCCCCCAGGUGCACGACGGCCAUUUCUUUGAAAUAUCUCGUCGCCGCUCUUCUUCUUUCUUCUUCCUGCGUAUCUUACGUUUGCCUGAUUGUGUGCUGUCGCGUCAGCUUGCUUCUAAGAUUGCCUUGCCUCAUACAACACCCCGCUCUGCCCCGCCGUGCCCACCUUGCGAUCGCUCACACGUGCACGACUGACUUCGACUUUGCGUUUUAAUACGUCUUGAACGUGCCCAGCAUCUUUCACAAAAUAUUUGGGUCCGAUAUCUCACUCUGAGCUACAUCGAUCAUGCCGCCCGCCGACUACUGGGAGGACGAGUGGUACAACACCGACCGCGAGGUCCGUGGUGGUGCUCGCCAUGUUCGCGCACCUUCAGCUUCCUCGCGGAGGGUUCGAGACGAUGACUUCGGCGCUCGUCGUACCUCUGAAUUUCUGCUGGCACCUGAAAGCCGUACCACCACAAGCCUCCAUCGCACCCGUUCUCAGGGCCACGCUCCAGCUCCCAACGUGACCAUUUACAACACUACCCGUAUGGACAACGAAAGCAGCCCGAACGUCCGCACAGAGCAGAAGAGCCCGCUUGUGAAUCCCUACGCCGAACCUCGUGGCAGGUCGCGUAGGAUGCCCGGAGAGUGGUCACUGGAGGAUGAAAUCGCAGAGCUGCGGCUCGAUGUAGCCAAGCAAGCUCGAUCUCGGUCUCGAUCCAAGCAUCACCACGACGAUCAUCAUGGCCAUGAUUACGACCACUGGAAGCUCGAAGAAGCGAAUCGGCGCAUCAAGGAACAAGAGGAGCUGAAGGAGAUAGAGAGGCGCGAGGAAUUGAUCAAGAAGAAGAUGGAGCUCAAGUACAUUAGGGACAGACAAGAGCGUGAGCUAGAAGAAGCGCGCAUCGCGCGUGAGGAGGAUCGCCUGAGGAAAGAAUGGGAGUUGAAGCUUGAGCGGGAAGAGCGGAAGAGAAAGGAACGUGAAGAGGAUGCUGAAAGAGAGAAGGAUCGCCUCAAGAAAGAUUGGGAAUACAAGUUGGAGCGAGAGACGCGAAAGAAGGAAGAAGAGAGGAGAGCGGAAGAAGAGGAGAGGAAGAGGCUCAUCGCAGAGAGUAUGGCUAAGGCCGAUAAGCGAGCGAGGGAGCAAGAAGAGGAGCGCCAGCGGAUCAUCGCCGAGAACACCCUGAAGCUCGAAAAAGCAGAGAGGGAGCGUAGGGCGGCACAGCAAAAAGCCGUUGACGACUUCAACAAGGAGCGUGCCGAGAAAGAGGCCCAGGCGAAGGCGGAGCAGGACCGUAUUGUUGCUCAGUACGAGGCCAAGAAAGUCAAAGAUGCAGCAGAGGAGAAGCGGAAGCGUGAGGAGCUUAUCAUGCAACUCAGAAUCGAAGAGGAGCACAGGAAACAGAAGGAGAAGGAAGAGUGGGACCGUUUCCUUCUAAAGCAGAAGCAGAAAGAGGAAGAGGAGAAGGCGGCCAAGGAGAAGCAGGAGAAGGAGCUCGAAGAGGCAAUGCGCAAGCGUCUGGCUCAUUUUGGCUUCCAGGACAACCAGAUCCAGGCUAUGAUCAGGCCUGAGGAGGCCGCCAAACUGCAGCAGGGCAUGUCGCCUGCGAAUCCGUUGCGCCUCACGCACCAGCCUACGUAUGUCAAGGUGCACAAGGAGCAUCUUGCUGUCGAUACCCUAGUAUACUACGACAUCCCAUAUGAAGUUGAUAGAGCCGACCCCAACUAUAUCAUCAUCCUCCGCGAAAUGGAGCCUCGCGAGACCGAGAUCCUGUUCGAGCACACGCGCCGUCUACGCACUCGCGGAGGUACUCGUCUCCUCAUCGAAGAACGCGACAACCACGGAAAGAACGACUACGCAUGGGUACGCCGAAGGAAGCCUUCCCGAUCCCCGUCACGUCGCCGAAGCUCACCCAAGAGGGUCGUUGGCAUCAAGGAAAUGUUCUUUUGAAGAGGUAACAUAACAUAGUGGACAUGGGACGAUCUUACAAUUAUGUCGGGGUUUCUAGGAAUUUUCGGUAUUGGCUUUUGUUUUCCUUACCUGAUUUUCGCUUUCGUCUUCGUUAUACCACUGUUGAUCUCUACUCUUGAGUUCGCAAUGACAAAUCGUCAUUGUUAAUGGCAUCUUUAUGUUCCAUUUACAGGUUUAUCGCAUGGAUAGUUUAUGUAGCUACAUUGACAAUACACACUUGGCUGGA